UCAGAAUAAACUGCGGAGAGACAGAGAGUAAAGUAGACUAAGACACAGCCGAGACACAACUGAGAGUCUUAAUUGAGACAGAACGAGACAGACGAAAAAAGAGGAACCUACAUUUCUAAAAGACAGAGCAAGGGGCGGGGGUGGGGGGGCGAGACGUUUAUUGGGCGCAAUUCAUCACCGGAAAGAGACAAACUUACAGCGGCCAGAUGCCUGUUUUCAAGAUGUUCGAACCAAAGCAGGAUGAACCGUGUGACAUCGGAGGCCAGAAAAUUGCCUCUGAAGAUGACCGUUCCCUGGGCAGCCCAUCAGAUGCCCCAGCCACCUCUGCAAACAGUCCUCAAUCCAGUGACUUCACCCCGCUGGAGGAGGGCUGCCACUUGGUGCCACCAACACCUCCACCCUCCAUUGAUGGAGAAGAUGGGAAAAGCUUGGAGGGCAGCAUUAACAAGACAUGGAGGGAGGAUCGAGGAGAAGAGGAUGAGGAGGAGGAGGGAAGAGAAUCCACUGAACUAACCAAUGAGGGUAAAGAACAGGAGUUCUUACACUCACAUUCAGAAGACCAUGAAGAUGAAAAACAAUCACUUGUUGAUGAGGAUAAUACCUCGGUGGUGCCAGACACAAACGCUCCACCUUCCUCGUCUUCUUCAUCCUUCGUUAUCCCUGAGCUGCGAUUGGAUCGGUCCUUCAGCGCAGAUGCUCUCUCCACCCCCGGCACUGAUGAAGAGUAUGAUGAUGAUGAUGAUGAUGAUGAAGAUGAUGAAGAGGAAGAAGACAGUGACGAAAACUACCUUGAGCGCAGUGACAGCAAACGAAGAAGCAUGGUGGAGGCAACUUCCUAUGAGAAGCACGGAGGGGCAGGUGGACUCAGUGUGCAGAAUUCACUGCGCAGACGCACGCACAGUGAGGGAAGCCUGCUGCAGAACCCCAGCACAUCCUGCUUCACAUCUGACAAUGCCAUCAACUGCCUGGAGGUGGCAGGAUCGCACAAGGGGGGCUGGAUGCUUCCGUCACCCAAAACCUUGAAGAAAGAGCUGACAAAGAAUGGAGGGUCCAUGCACCAGCUGUGUAUGCUGUUCUCUGGGAGAAAACUGAGCGCCGGAUCUGAGUGCAGCUGCGACGAGGGUACUCACGGAACCAAGAAGAAGAAAACCAAAAACCUGGCCAAAGACAUGAAGAACCGGCUCGCUUUCCUGAGGAGGAGGAAUGAGUCUCCAGGAAGCACCCCAUGCGGCAAACUUGACAAAUCCAUGAGGUCGAUCAAGCCCACGCCAGAAGAAGCCAUGAAGUGGGCUGAAUCUUUAGAUAAGCUGCUCAGCCACAAAUAUGGACUGGCGGCGUUCAGAGCUUUCUUACGCACAGAGUUCAGUGAAGAGAAUCUGGAAUUCUGGUUGGCCUGUGAGGAUUACAAGAAGAUUAAAUCACAGUCCAAGAUGGUAUCGAAAGCUAAGAAAAUAUUUUCGGAAUACAUCGCCAUACAGUCCUGUAAGGAGGUGAACUUGGAUUCCUACACCAGGGAACACACUAAAGAGAACUUGCAGAAUAUCAGUCGCUCUUCUUUUGACCUGGCCCAGAGGAGGAUAUAUGGUCUGAUGGAGAAGGACUCAUACCCUCGAUUCCUGCGCUCAGAACUAUACAUGGAAAUAGUGAACCAAAAGAAGCCCAGCACCACAUCGACAUCUUCCUCCUCAUAAGAUGACACAGAAACAGACAGUUACAAAUUAGGGAGGCUUCUUUCACUUAGUGUUACAUUUUCAUCAGGCAUUUUAUCCAUCAAUGCAAGGAGAAAGACUGGGACUGAAGAAAUGCACAAGGCUGUUUACAAAUGAAGCAGACAGGAAAAGAGGGUGUCACCCAAACUUAUGGUGCUGGACGAGUGGGGUACCACCAUGCUGAGCAAUGCUGGUUAUUCUCAUUUGCAUUCACUUUAUUUCAUUUGUUUUCCUAGCAUACUGGAGAAAAUAGAGGAGUUUAUUGUCUCCUUUAAUACAAAGACUAUCGGCUACUGGAUUGCCUCUUCCUCUGAUACCCAACUAAGUACUGUUGGUAGCACCGGCUUCCUGAAUUUCUGUGUGUCUCCAUUUCACAGUGACUUUCCUGAACAUUUAAAAAAAUGUCUUGUCCAGCAGCGAUGUCUGGACAGUGAGAAACAUAAAUCUCAUCCCAUCUCUCUACGAUCAUGCACUUGUUUGCUCAGUAAUGUUCCUGUGAACCCAUCAUCCAUGUAGGUCUACCCCUUGGCUAGUGAAGGGGUUCAAAUCCUUGCAUAAAGCUUCAUAAAAAAAGAAAAAUUCAUAAAUAUAUGUUGAAAUAUUCUAGAGUCUCUAAAGACCACACAAAACAUGCUUUACUGUGUUCUGUAUAGCCAAUAAGCAAUUCAAUGUAGCUCCACAUAAGGAAUGGAUGAGACCGUAUUCUCAGGACAUAAUGCAAUUCAGCUAUAUAGCUUUUAGGCUUGAUUAAUCUUCAUUUUUUGCUUGUUUUCUACACAUACAAUGUUGUUUAUCUGGACUUAGUUCAAUCGUGCACUCCAUUAAUAGGGCACGAGGUCAGAUAGGAUCUUCCCCUAUAUUUGUUAAUAAGAUAGACAACCUUCUUUAAAUAUAUAUAAAUGUACCUAUUUAUUUAGAAGUCCCACUGGUUGCUUUGUUUACUGCACUCUGCUGAAAUUACCCCUUUCCCCUUCAAUCCAGGUCCUUAGCUGUCCUGAUGUAAGUGCAAUAUGUUUUAUAUUUUUUUGUUGUUGCUGUUUUGCUUAUCUAUUGAAUAAGUUAACAUUUUUUCUAGAAAAACAACUGAUUAAAUUCUGUAUUACUUUUAUUGUAGAAGUCGCUUGAGUUACAGUUAAUGUAAGAAUGUCCUUAGCUAACGUACACAAAUUAUUAUGUUAUGUGUUUCCCUGGCAGCAGGCAGCCAGGUUAAUGGAUGUAUAUAUGAUUCUUAAGAAAAUAUUAUGGGGAAAAAAAAGAUAAAAACAGGCAAGGUUUUGUGGGUGUACCAUGAUAUGUGGCUGUACCUACAGUAUGUAAAUAUGUGAACCUUAAAGCUAUUAAAUGGCAUGUGUUGUUAUAAAUAGGGGCGGAGAGGGUAAGGUCCUCUGCCUUGGACAUACACUGCUUGUAAGAAGUUUUAUGAAAUUUAUUUUAUCAUUUUCACUGUUUACAAAUCAAAUGCAUCUCUUUAGAUAACAAGCGCUAAAAGAAGAGAUUUAAAAAAGCCAGUGUCACUGCAAAAGUCAAAUAAAAACUCGCUGGUAAAAUUAUACAAUAUUGCCCUUUUGUGUGUGUCUGUGUGUGUUUGUAGUCGGCGGGUUGAAAAUAAUCGCCACAGGAUACGAAAAUAUUUUGGGGGUUUUUAUAUCUGUUGGCUGUUUAUUAAAAAAGAAAACAAAAAACAGCUGUCAAUGGGGCCUGUUUAAUAUAAAAAAGGAAAAAAAUAUGGUAAUGAAAUAUGGUGGAGGCUAAUGUGAAAAGAAAAUACAUGCUUCAGCAUACAUCACCUUAAUACAUU